UGUCUCCCCCCUUCUCCCCCUCCCCUCUGCAGAGCUUUAUUUCCUCAUCGCUCGCUUUCUCGAGGACGGACCCUGCCAGCAAGCCGCGCAGGUCCUGAUCCGAGAAGUCGCCGAGAAGGAGCUGCUGCCCAAGCGCACGGACUGGACUGGAAAGGAGCAUCCUAGGAGCUAUGAGAGCCUAGUAAAAUACUAUAGACACUUGGCACCUGAUCAUCUCCUGCAAAUAUGCCAUCGGCUUGGACCUCUUCUAGAGCAAGAAAUUCCUCAAAGUGUCCCAGGAGUCCAAACACUAUUAGGAGCUGGAAGACAGUCUUUGCUCCGGACAAAUAAAAGUUGCAAACAUGUUAUAUGGAAGGGUUCUGCUCUUGCUGCACUGCAUUGUGGGAGACCUCCAGAGUCACCAAUAAAUUAUGGCAGUCCUCCUAGUAUAGCUGAAACACUCUUUUCAAGAAAGCUUAAUGGAAAAUACAGACUGGAACAUCUUAUUCCAACUGCUGUGUAUCAGCAUAUGAAAAUGCAUAAGCGAAUCCUGGGACAUUUGUCUUCAGUAUAUUGUGUAACAUUUGAUCGAACUGGUAGACGAAUAUUCACAGGUUCUGAUGAUUGUCUUGUGAAAAUCUGGGCAACAGAUGAUGGAAGGUUGCUUGCUACUUUAAGAGGGCAUGCAGCGGAAAUAUCAGACAUGGCUGUUAAUUAUGAGAAUACCAUGAUUGCUGCAGGGAGCUGUGACAAGAUGAUCAGAGUGUGGUGUCUUCGAACAUGUGCUCCUUUGGCUGUUCUACAAGGCCACAGUGCAUCUAUAACAUCUCUACAGUUUUCUCCCUUGUGCAGUGGCUCAAAGCGAUACCUGUCUUCAACCGGUGCAGAUGGCACAAUAUGUUUUUGGUUGUGGGAUGCUGGCACUCUUAAAAUCAAUCCAAGACCAACAAAGUUUACAGAACGUCCAAGACCUGGAGUCCAAAUGAUCUGCUCUUCAUUUAGUGCUGGUGGAAUGUUUCUGGCCACUGGAAGUACAGAUCACAUCAUUAGGGUUUAUUUCUUUGGAUCAGGUCAGCCAGAGAAGAUAUCAGAGUUGGAGUUUCAUACUGACAAAGUGGACAGCAUUCAGUUUUCUAAUACUAGUAACCGAUUUGUUAGUGGAAGUCGUGAUGGGACAGCACGUAUCUGGAUGUUCAAGAGAAGGGAAUGGAAGAGCAUUUUACUAGAUAUGGCUACCCGUCCUUCAGGACAACCCCUACAAGGAGUAGAAGACAAAAUUACAAAAUUGAAAGUCACUAUGGUGGCAUGGGACCGUCAUGACAACUCUGUUAUUACUGCAGUUAAUAACAUGACUUUGAAAGUUUGGAACUCCUUCACUGGCCAACUUACUCAUGUUUUACUGGGUCAUGAGGAUGAAGUGUUUGUCCUUGAAAGUCACCCUUUUGAUCCCAGAGUUCUUUUCUCUGCUGGCCAUGAUGGAAAUGUUAUAGUAUGGGAUUUGGCAAAGGGAACAAAAAUUCGCUCUUACUUCAAUAUGAUUGAAGGACAAGGACAUGGGGCUGUGUUUGACUGCAAGUGCUCUCCUGAUGGUCAGCAUUUUGCAUGUACAGAUUCUCAUGGACACCUUUUAAUAUUUGGAUUUGGUUCCAGUAGCAAAUAUGAUAAGAUAGCAGAUCAGAUGUUCUUUCACAGUGAUUAUCGGCCUCUCAUUCGUGACGCCAAUAAUUUUGUAUUGGAUGAACAGACACAACAGGCACCACAUCUCAUGCCACCUCCAUUUUUGGUUGAUGUUGAUGGUAACCCUCAUCCAUCAAGAUUUCAGAGAUUAGUUCCAGGACGUGAAAACUGUAGAGAGGAACAGCUUAUUCCUCAGAUGGGGGUAACUUCCUCAGGACUGAACCAAGUUUUGAGUCAACAAGUUAGUCCUUUGGAUAGCAUGAUACAGAGACUUCAACAAGAACAAGAUCAGCGCCGGUCUGGAGAGGCUGGAAACAGUAAUACAAAUAGAAUUGGCAGAGGCUCAGUAAAUUCUACCUCAGAAGUACAUUCACCACCAAAUGUGGGGUUAAGACGCAGUGGACAAAUUGAAGGAGUUCGACAGAUGCAUAGCAAUGCCCCAAGAAGUGAAAUAGCAACUGAACGGGACCUGGUAGCAUGGAGUCGAAGGGUUGUGGUGCCAGAACUAUCUGCAGGAGUAUCCAGUAGGCAAGAAGAAUGGCGAACAGCAAAGGGAGAAGAAGAAAUAAAAACAUACAGAGCAGAAGAGAGGAGAAAGCACGUUAUAAGUCAUGUUCCCAGAGAAAAUAAGAUACCAUCUUUGCCCAAGAACCAUUCACAUGAUCAUGUAUUAGAUGUUGGUGAUUCGAAAAAACAACAGGCCAACCAACAUAACUAUCGAACCAGAUAUGCCUUAGAGGAAACUGUCAGGCCAAAUGAAGACAUUGAAAAUGGAAGCAGUUCCUCGGAUGAAGGAGAAAUGGUUGUUGCCAGUGGAGGAACAUCAGAAGAUGAAAGAAAAGCAUGGCAUAGUGAUGGUAGUUCUAGUGAUUAUUCCAGUGAUUACUCAGACUGGACAGCAGAUGCUGGAAUUAAUUUACAACCACCAAAGAAAGUUCCUAAAAUUAAGACCAAGAAAGUAGAGAGCAGUUCAGAAGAUGAAGAGGGUCCUGAAAAACAGAGACAAAAACAAAUCAGAAAAGAAAGGAAGAAAGGUAUUGAAGAUAAAGAUGGUCCACCAUCUCCAAAGAAAAGGAAACCAAAAGAAAGGAAACAAAAGAGGUUGGCUGUGGGUGUGCUAGCGGAAAAUGGCUUGACAUUAGAGGAGUGGCUGCCUUCAGUGUGGAUUACAGAUCCUGUUCCUCGACGAUGUCCGUUUGUACCACAAAUGGGAGAUGAGGUUUACUAUUUCCGGCAAGGUCAUGAAGCAUAUGUUCUAAUGGCAAAGAAAAACAAAAUAUAUAGCAUUAAUCCUAAAAAACAGCCAUGGCAUAAGAUGGAGCUACGGGAACAAGAGUUGAUGAAAAUAGUUGGAAUAAAAUACGAAGUUGGGCUGCCUACACUUUGCUGCCUUAAACUUGCUUUUCUUGACCCUGAUACGGGUAAAUUGACUGGAGGAUCAUUUACAAUGAAAUACCAUGAUAUGCCAGAUGUUAUAGAUUUCCUAGUCUUAAGACAGCAGUUUGAUGAUGCAAAGCACAGAAGAUGGAAUAUAGGUGAUCGAUUUAGAUCAGUAAUUGAUGACGCCUGGUGGUUCGGAACAAUAGAAAGUCAAGAACCUCUUCAGCCUGAUUAUCCUGAUAGCCUGUUUCAGUGCUACAAUGUCUGUUGGGACAAUGGAGAUACUGAGAAAAUGAGUCCAUGGGAUAUGGAGCCUAUUCCAAACAAUGCUGUGUUUCCAGAGGAACUUGGAACUAGCGUUCCUUUAACUGAUAUUGAAAGCAGAUCUCUAAUAUACAAACCUCUGGAUGGCGAAUGGGGUUCCAGAACUCGUGAUGAUGAAUGUGAAAGAAUAAUUUCAGGGAUAAAUCAGCUGAUGACUUUAGAUAUUGCUUCUGCUUUUGUGGCACCUGUGGAUUUCCAGGCUUAUCCAAUGUACUGCACUGUUGUUGCAUACCCCACUGACCUCAGUACAAUUAAGCAGAGACUGGAAAAUAGAUUUUACAGGCGACUUUCUUCCCUUAUGUGGGAAGUUCGGUAUAUAGAAUAUAAUACACGGACAUUCAAUGAACCAGGAAGUCCAAUUGUCAAUUCUGCCAAGUUUGUCACAGAUCUCUUGCUGCACUUCAUGAAGGAUCAGGCUUGUUAUGAUAUAAUCCCACUCUAUAAUACCAUGAAGAAAAAAGUGUUGUCCGAUUCAGAAGAGGAAGAAGAGAAAGAUACUGACAUGCCAGGAACUUCCACUAGAAAGAGGAAGGAUCAUCAGCCAAAGAGAAGGCUGCGUAACAGAGCUCAGUCAUAUGAUAUUCAGGCAUGGAAGAGACAGUGUCAGGAGUUGUUAAAUCUGAUUUUUCAGUGUGAAGAUUCUGAACCUUUUCGCCAACCAGUGGAUCUUCUUGAAUAUCCAGAUUACAGAGACAUUAUUGAUACACCAAUGGAUUUUGCAACAGUUCGAGAAACGUUAGAAGCAGGAAAUUAUGAAUCGCCAAUGGAGCUGUGUAAAGAUGUCAGACUGAUCUUCAGCAAUUCCAAAGUUUAUACACCAUGCAAAAGAUCAAGAAUUUACAGUAUGAGCCUGCGCCUGUCUGCUUUCUUUGAGGAACACAUUAGUUCAAUUUUAUCAGACUACAAAUCUGCCUUACGCUUUCAUAAAAGAAGCACAAUUCAAAAGAGAAGGAAUAAAAGAAGUAGAAGCAGUUCUCUUUCAAGUAGUGCUGCAUCAAGUCCGGAUAGGAAACGAAGAUUAAUAAAACCGCAGCUGAAAGCUGAGCCCGCUACCGCACCUUCUUCUUCUGCACCUGCACGUUCAACGUUAUUGAGAAACAUAGCAGCUCAGAUGAAUGGAAAAGUAGUUGACUCUGCGACUUUGGUCCGAACAAGGAGUACUAGGGCAAUAACAGAAACGACUAUCAAUGAACAACCUUCCACUUCUUCAGGUGGAAAGCCUAUAACUUUGAAACCUAGUAGUACUGUUACAUCAGGGAAAACAGUACUAGAAAAUUCCACCAAACAUUCCAAGAACCAGAAUGUUUUAUCAGUCCCUAAUCAAACCAGUUAUAUUCAUAACACUAGGAAUAAUACUGCAAGAGAAAAUUUAGAAAAAGAUAAACAAAUUAAACGUAAACCAAAAUCAGUUAUGGUCAGUCCACAAGCAGAUUGCAAGAAUAAUGCAAUGGCUUUGGCCUUGGGAAGCAUCCAAGUAAAUGGACAUGGGGAGCAAUCUUCAAAACCUAUGUUUAAGAGGGGCCCUGGACGGAAACCCAAGAUUGAGACCAACAGUAGGUGUGAAGUGGUACACAAGAAAAGAGGGAGAAAACCAAAAACCCUGUUACUUGCUCAACAGAAACAUUCAGAGGAGCAUACAAUCCAGACUACAAAAGAUUUGACAAUAGAAGAAGCCUCUGUUUCCACCGCAUGCAAUUCUGUCUCUGAAAAUAAUGUGAAGGAAGACUUGUUACAAAGAAAAGGGCGUGGUGGCAGAAAACCUAAAAGAAAGCCACAGGCACAACAGCCAGGAUUCGAACUUACUUUUUCUGCUGAUCCUAAGAUUCAGACAAGAAGCAGGAGGAAAAAGACAGAUGGGCCUAUUGAAGAAGAGACUGAUGAAUUUAAAGAUUCUGAACCUCAUAUGAGAACUAGAAACCAAGGUAGGAGGACAGCCUUUUACAAUGAAGAUGAUUCAGAGGAAGAACAAAGACAGCUGUUGUUUGAAGACACUUCUUUGACUUUUGGAACAUCUAGCAGAGGCAGAGUCCGAAAGUUGACUGAAAAAGCAAAGGCUAAUCUGAUUGGUUGGUAAUUUUGGCAUUUAAAAAUGCUAAUGAAUACGUACAGUUGAGGAAUUCAUAGACCUAAGGAUAUCUGCUUUCUGCUGCUAUUUACAGAUGAGAAUAUGUUCUAAUAUGAUAAAAUAUAGACAAAAACAAACUGAAAAUUUCUUUGAAAGAAGUAUGUAUUUUAAACAAUUGCUAUUUAUUGUUCUCCAGAUAGGUUAUGCAUUUCAAUUCAGUAUGUUCAGUUGGUAUAAAUGAAAUUCUUGAUUUCCAGAAAUGUUACUGUAAUUUUGAGCAGUACAUAACCUCUAUUUGAAUAGUAGAAUUUUUAAUGUAAAGACUGAGAACAGAACUCCUAUUUUUGAAUGAGCAAGGUACAGUACAUUUGUAUAGAUUGUAGUAACUGUAUUUGCAAGAUGAUAGAAUAUGGCAGUAAAUGCCAUAGAGAACAAAUCAAAAUUACCAAAUUUGCUAAUUAGGUACCAUUUAUUCAAUAGUGAUUGGGCACACAGUUUUAUACAAACACAGUGCAGAUUGUUUUAUCUAAGUUCUGCCAGAGAGAGAAAUCACAUAUAUAGAUAUAGAGAUAAAUAUAUAUAUCCACAUUGGAAAAAGUUUGACUAAUAUGUCUAAUUUUUCAGACCUUCAUUCUCGUACCAAUCAUAUCUCUGUUUAUUGUGCCAAAGACUGAGAACCAGAAUAGAGAAAAACUUUUAGUAUCAGUGCAGCAUGAUAUUUUCAAUUAUAUUUAUCACUCCUUGUUCAAAAUAUACAUUAUUCUGGAAAAUUACCUCUACUGGUACAUUGUAAUAAAAGCAGUUAAUGCACUGGUAGGAUCUUUUCACAAAUAUUGAAACAAAAUAUAAUUUGAUUAAAGGGUUCAGUUAAGCUGCAGGAAAAGUGAGAUUCUGAUGUUUACGUUAUGAUCAGAUUGAUUGUUUCUACGAAUUGUGUUAAACUGACUAAAAUUAUUUUCAAAAUAAGUGUAUGUGUAUGUAUAUAUUGAGUAUAUACACAAGCACAUAAACAUAAAAUUACCCAGGUAUAAUUUUCUUUCAGGACUUUUUAGAUUGCUCUAGAAUAUUAAAAUUUUUAAAUGUCAAACUUUAAGGGGAAGAUUGGUUGUUUUCCAUUAUUAAAGAUUAAAAGGCCAAAUCACUUUUUAUGCAAUCAUGUUUUAUACAGUGUUCUCAUUGCACAUUGUUUUUCUGCACUUUUUACAGUAUGCUUAACCAAGCUGACAUGAGUCAAUAUAUCCACCCUAAAGGAAAAUCCCACUUUAUGAUUGUGCCUUGUAUUCUAUUAUUUUGUGCAUCUUUAGUAACCUUAAGUUGUCUAUUGUAAAUGAUGACUGUAUGACUUAGGGGAAUGUAUUGCUGUAUGUACUGCUAUGGGGGAAAAAAAACUAGUUAUUUAUUUGUUUAUGGUACAUUUACUUAUUUUAUACCUUUUAAACCUUAAUACAAUUUUUAUUGUUUAAAAUCAUAGUCCAAUUAAAAAUACAUAGUAAAACAGUUGUAUGGUACAAAAAUGUAACCACGCUUUUACUUUAACAUUCUUGCAGGAAAUGGGACAUGUGCAAAAUAUGGCAAUUUAAUUUUGCUUGAUUUUAUUUGGAAAUACAUUCUCUAGAAAUGCAGAUGUACAGCAGUGUGUUGCCUGUUCCAAAGAUGCUUGGUAUGGUCAACUUUUGACAGUACAAUUUGAAGAAUAAGGAACUGAAUCUAGGCUUCUAUGUUUCCACCAAAUUCAGUGUUUUAUCCCUCCAAAUAGAUUAUUGGCACUACCAAAGAUUGUGGUAUUGAUCAUCUGCUUGAUCUUACAUGCAGUUGGAGAACUGUAGGUAGUUUUAGUCAUCAGGGCCAAAUCUGCAACAGCCUUUUGUGCAAAGGAAAUUUCAAUUAAGUACAAUUCAGCACAGAUACAUGAAAGUUGCUUGCUUGGAAUGCUAACGUAUCUAAUAUUCAUCUUGAACCUCAGCCAGUUAUGUGGCAACUCAAUUUUAAAAUAAUAUUUUUGAUUUAACCACAAAAACUUAGAAGUGUAAUUUUUUCACAUUCUUUUUAGCUAAUCAUCUUUAUAAGAAUUCUUUAGGAAAUGUGCAUCAUGUAAGAACUUGUUUCCCUAACUUAAAAAGUAAUAACCAUUAUCAUAUGGCAUUUUUAAAAAGUCUCAUACAGAGCUUCAUAUUUCCAAAUUGUGAUGUUUUGGGCAAUCUUCAUAUUAUACUGGCACAGGUCUCUUUGUAUAUUUAUUUUCAUUAAUGUUUUAAAGAAUCGCACAUGCAUAUUUUAAUACUGAUUUUUAAGGGGGUUGGGCUUUUCUACAUUUUUUAAAAAACAAAACCUAUAUUCUUGGUAAAAUUGGAGGCAUUAAACAUGAAAGUAUGGCAAGUUAUCCACAGAGACAACUUGUUUCACAGAUCACAAUGAAAACAUUGAUUUUAAUUGUCCAUUUUAAGAUUCUGUUGCAGAAGGCAGGCAAUUUAAAUUAUCUGAUUUUCUGAUAUUAUCCACACUGUAAUAUAAUAGAAAUUUCAGACCAAACAGGAAAUUAUUGAUGUAGUUGCAUUUAUCAUUAGGUCCUACUUGGCAUGUUUAUGUUGGUAUAAUUUUGGGGAGUAGAAUAGUACAUAUAACCAUCACAGGAUCUGAAAAGUAUACUUUUACAAAUAACAAAAAUGAAAGUCUUAUUUGUAACACAUAAAUAUUUCCCUUUCCUGAAGAAUUUAUUGCAGUAGUAAGAGGUCCUACUGACUUUAUUUUUUUCUAAUAUUAUUUGGAAAUUUUGUUCAAAAAAUAGUAUCUACAGUACUGUAGCUCUGCUACUUUCCCUAAAUAAGAGUAAGAUUGCCUUGACUUGACUUCAGUUACUUUAACUGAUUUGGUUUGACUGAUUUGCAAGAUUCUUACUGUACCAACAAAAACAUUUUUCAUUUAGCACAUAUAUAAGCAAUAGUUGAUGGUUCAGUAACUUGUGAUGAUCUAUAAUAAAAUGUAUUACAGAUUAUAUUAUCUUUAGGAAAAUAUAUUUAUUUCUUGGCUCAUUUACAUACAAAUAUGUACAUACCAUUUCUCUUGGUAAUUAUGGAUAUUCAUACAAGUGAUUAUCUUACAGACUUGACGGUAAUAAAAGCAAAUGUUCAAUAUAACCUGAUACAGCUUCUGAUACGGCAUGGACCAUUAGUUUCAAAAUGCUAGCCAUUCAAUUAUUUCAGUGUUAACUAAUGGUUAAUACGCUGUGGUGUCUAAUAGAAAAGCAUUCCGCAUUCAUUGGGAAAUAACUUUUUUUCACUUAAAAAAAUGGCAAACCUCCAAAUUUAAUAGUGAAACAUUGGCUAGCAGGCUUGAGUUUUGUUUCCCAGCAAUUAAAUUAUAGUGAUAACCAGCCUAAUACUGGAUAUCGAACAGUCACUAUUGUUGGUGAGAAGUAAUGAAGCUUGGAAAGAAUUUGUCUUCCUAUAAUGAAUUGAUUGCUCUAAGGUACAUUUGCACACAAGGUUUUGUACCAUACUGUCAAUUUUAUCAGUGAAUAUUUCUUUGAAGUAUCUUUGAAUUAAACAUUCUUUUACAGUCAUGCUACAUGUAUUACAUAUCAGCUUUUAAAUGGGCGUUUAUAUGUGUAUAUACACACCAAAAUAGGUCACGUGCUAUAAUACAAAUGUUCUCGAAGUACCAACUUAGGGUUUCAGUUACACAAGCUUUAGUAUGUCUGAAAUAAUUUUACAAAAGACCCCAUCAAAGCCCCUUUCCCAAGGCUCUUGGGUUUUGCUUUCUGGAAAGAGAGCUGGUUCCAGUGUGCUAAAGAUGAUGUCACCUCUGCUCUGACAUAAACCCUCUUCUCCUUUGUGUACUGCAUCCAAUGAAGGUUUAGGGCACAAUCCAGUCCACUUCGCAUUUCCAUUUUACAUCAAGUGGCAUACAGAGGCAUAUGCCCUGAUCCACUCCCCCCCCCCAUCUGCAAAACUCCCACAAGUGAACAGUUCAGUUGUGGGAGUGCUGCAUAGGUGUAACAGGAACCGACUGGAUCGGACAUUUAUUCUACAUUUUUAGGUAUCUGUUCAUCUUGCACUUCAAUAUAAUUGGACCUAAGGAUUCAUCUGAUAAAAGGGCUGUUCAGUUUCUACUGUAAAUAAUGUACAUAUAUGUUUAUAUUUUAAAAAGAUGUACAUAUAUGAUGGCCAAGUCUGAAAAUCAUUUCUAAUAUAAAUCACUGGUAUUGCAUUUUUAAUGUGUUACCUUUACAUAAUUUGUAUUUAAGUUACAAUUGGAUAUAGAAAAACUUUUACAUUUUUCAUGUUUUUGUUUUUGGUUCAGAACUCUUUGAAGAGAACUUUAAUUUUAGAAAGGUUGAAAGUUAAAAUCUAACAUUAUUGUAAACUUUUUAAAGUGCUGGUGUUGGUUUAUUAGUGGUUUUUGUUGUGCAAGGGUAACUAAGGUAUUGAAUUUGCCUGUUGUGUAUGGUUCAGAACAGUUUCCACUAGUGGAAGAGUUUCUACAUUUCUGGAUGGGAUAUGAUGGGAUACAACUCAAUACAGAUUUUAAAAAAUCCAAAUGGGAUAGGGUGAAGUUUGAAGAUACUAAUGGCAUUACUUGUGGAGUUACAAAAGCCAAGCCCCAAAUCUGUUCUAAAAUGUAUAAUUUUAGGAGCCAUUUCUGUUAAACAAAAAGAAAUUAAGCAAUGGCUUUUUUUUUUUUUUUUUGGCAUAGGUAGGAAAUACUGGGUUUUUAACAACUUAAAUACAAAUAAACACAUCAAGAAACUGUGCUGUGAUAGAAAAUAAAUUGUUGACAAAAUGCUUGCUCUAGAAAUUUUUACAUAUGAAAUAUUUGCACAGAAUUUGUACACUUGCACAGAUGGCAUUUAACAUGUACAUAUCAGACACACCCCUAAAGAAACAAGUUGUCACACAUUAUGUUACAUUUUUGGACCAUUACUGCAAAAAUCUGAAAAAUUUAAACCUGAAAAAUCAGUAAACAGGAUUUUUUUUUUUUUGGAAGUAAAACUUUUGUCACUUAAAAUGUGAAAUAUAUAAAGUAGAACAAUUUAAGGAAAUUGUCUUGGAACAUUUAGUUUUAAAACUGACACGUUUAAAGCUAUGCUUAUUUUGUACAAUAUGUAAAUCCCAAAUAUGUUUUAUAACACCUUUAGGUUUUCUCAAGGUUAAUUUCCCCUAGAAAUCUCCUUAAUCAUGUUAUAAAGUGCAGUCUCUCACCUGGAUGAACAGUGCCCUUUCUUUUUGUAUAUAUUGAUUGAAACUUUUAUUGUUAUGUGAAACACCUAUGUUGGUUUUGAUGAAUAAUACUUGGAAUCCUUUUAUACAAACUAGAAUGUAUGUGUAAGAAUUACUGUCACUGCAAUGUAGUAACAAACCUAUUUUUAAAUAAAUAGAA